UCUGUUCCGGUCUACGGACCGAGAAUCGAAGUCGUAUCUUCAUGGGCACGAAGCACUGCGAAUUCUUUGUCUAGUUCCCAGGUCGGGAGCCGGGAUAGCGAUGGGCGGCCGAGGUGUCGGGAGUCCAGCUGUAUGUCAUUGAUCAAAGCAUUCAUUGACAGAGGAGGAUGAAGCAGGAAGGAAGAGUGGAAGAUGGUAGCAACACAUCAGCAAUAAGAAUUGAAUCUCUGGGUGAAGAUGACCUGAGUUUACAUAAAAUGGAUCCAUUAGAAGUCACCACAAAUUCAGAUACAAAUCAGAGGCAGGAAGGAAGAGUGGAAGAUGGUAGCAACACAUCAGCAAUAAGAAUUGAAUCUCUGGGUGAAGAUGACCUGAGUUUACAUAAAAUGGAUCCAUUAGAAGUCACCACAAAUUCAGAUACAAAUCAGAGGCAGGAAGGAAGAGUGGAAGAUGGUAACAACACAUCAGCAAUAAGAAUUGAAUCUCUGGGUGAAGAUGACCUGAGCUUACAUAAAAUGGAUCCAUUAGAAGUGAAAUUUUCUGAACAAGGAACCAAAGAAAAGAAAAAAGAUGACAUUGAACCAAUAUCAUUUUUUAAACUGUUUCGAUUCUCAACAUGGUGGGAGAGACUUCUGCUUUUUGUUUGCAGUCUUGGGGCUUUAACUACUGGAGGAAUAGCAACAUUGCAUGUAUGGUUGUUUGGUGAACUUAGUGGAAAAAUGAUGGCAUAUAGUAUGGCCACUCAAACUGGGUCAGAUCUUGAUAAAUAUGCAUUCUUGGAUGCUGUUCUGCAAUUCACGGUUCUGAGUGCCGCACUUGGAUUUGUAUCGCUGGUGUUUACAUCCUUCUCAGUCUGGAUGUGUAAUCAUUUAGCCCAUAAACAGAUUCUUCAAAUUCGAAAUUUAUAUUUCAAGUCCAUAUUGUCACAAGAUAUUGGCUGGCAUGAUGUACAUCACACUGGAGAUUUUGUGAGCAGUAUAUCAGAAGAUAUAAUGAAGCUGGAGGAUGGAAUUGGAGAGAAAGUGAUUCAGUUCACACAUAUUAUGGCAACGUGUCUUGGUUGCUUCGUACUGGCUCUCACAGUGGGCUGGCAUCUGGCUCCAGUUUCCCUAUCUUCACUUCUCAUCACAAUGGCAGUUGUUAUAGCAGUCACUGUGAUCUUAUCAAGACUGUCAAAGAAGGAAAUGGAAGCCUAUGGAAUUGCUGGUUCAGUUGCAGAAGAGGUUCUGAGUUCUAUCAGGACUGUUAAAGCAUUUGGUGGGGAGGAUUCUGAAGUGAAGAGGUACAAAGCCAACCUUAUAAAUGCCAAAAACAUCAGUGUAAAAAGAGGACUAAUCUCAGGAAUUGCAUUUGGAGGCCUUUUGACUUUGAUGUGUACAUUCUAUGCACUAGGAUCAUGGUAUGGUGUUGGUCUGGUGUUGGAAGACAAGUACAAGCCUGAAGAUGAAAUUGUGUACAUGCCACAAACUAUGGUCACAGUGUUUGUUGGAGUUAUGGUGGCUUCACUGAAUUUUAGUACGUUGUCUGCAUAUAUUGAGGCCUUUUCCAUGGCCAAAGGAGCUGGAGCAAGAAUAUUCUCAGUAAUUGACCAUGCCUCGCCUAUCAAUAACUUUUCUAAAGAUGGGAAGCGCCCAGAACAGAUGAAUGGCAACAUAUGUUUCAGAGAUGUCCAUUUUGAAUAUCCAACUAGGGCAGAUGUUAAGGUACUUCAGGGUUUGAACUUGGAUAUAAACUGUGGUGAGACAGUGGCUCUUGUGGGAAGCUCUGGAUGUGGAAAAUCAACUUUUAUCAAGCUCAUCCAGCGGUUUUAUGACCCACAGCAAGGAAUGGUUAUGGUAGAUGGUAAUAAUGUGAAAGAACUCAAUGUUUCAUGGCUGAGAAAACAUAUUGGUGUAGUUGGACAAGAGCCAGUUCUUUUCAAUACCACCAUUGCUGAGAACAUUGGCUAUGGAGCUGAUGGAGCAACAGAAAGUGAUAUCCAAGAGGCUGCUAAGGAAGCAAAUGCCCAUGAUUUUAUAUCAAAACUACCACAGGGCUACAACACUCUUGUUGGAGAAAGAGGUGCACAGUUGUCUGGUGGACAGAAACAGAGAAUUGCCAUUGCUCGUGCUUUGGUACGAAAACCAGUUAUUUUGCUUCUUGAUGAAGCUACAUCAGCGCUUGAUACAGCGAGUGAGUCAAAAGUCAAAGUGGCUUUAGACAGGGCAAGCAGAUAUCGGACAACAGUUAUUAUUGCCCACCGCCUGUCAACAAUCAUGACAGCAGACAAGAUUGUGGUCAUUUCAAAUGGGAAAGUUGUAGAGCAAGGGACACACAAGGAACUGCUAUCUCUGAAAGGACACUACCAUGCACUGGUCAGUGCCCAGCAACUAAAUAUAGUUGAUGACAUGGAAAACGAGAAUGAAGAGUCUGAAGGCAGGGUGCACAGUCUUUGCCAGGUGUUGAUUCCUGGGAGAGGAAAUUCUGCUGGAUCUGACUUCAGCAUUCAUAAAGAUGAGAGGCCAGCAGUGAUUGAAGAUAAUGAAGAAGAACCUUCUCCACCUGUCUCUAUGAUAAGGAUUCUAAAGAAGAACAUGCCCGAAUGGCCGCAGUUGCUCAUGGGAAGUCUUGCAUCUAUCAUCGUGAGCUCUGCUACACCCAUUUUUGUUAUUCUUUUUGGAGAUAUUUUAAGGGUGAUGUCCAGUCCGGUUGACCAAGAAGUACGUGCUGAAACAGAUCGAUAUAGCUUGUAUUUUUUUAUAGCUGGUGUUUCUGUUGGUUUUGCUACCUUUCUGCAAAAUUAUGCAUAUGGAAUAGCAGGUGAGAAACUGACAAUGCGACUCCGUGAGGAGCUGUUUGAGUCGAUGGUCCGUCAGGAGGUUGCAUGGUUUGAUAAGAAGUCUAACCUCUCAGGUUCACUCUGUGCUCGUCUCUCAGGGGAUGCCUCAAGUGUGCAAGGUGCCACAGGUCAGCGUGUGGGGAUAGUGUUGCAGUCCAUAAUGACAGUUGGGUGGGGAAUAGGUCUCGCCAUUUACUUUGAUUGGCGUCUUGGCCUAGUUACAAUAUUUUUCACUCCUGUCAUUUUGUUGGCACAGUAUUUUUUCUUGAGAAUUUCCAGAGGUGAAAUUUUCAGCAAUCAACAAGCACUGGAGAAGUUCACUGAGCUUGCAGUAGAAGCAGUUAGUAACAUUCAUACUGUUGUGAGUCUGGGACUAGAACAGACAUUCCACCAGCGAUACAUGUUGGCAUUACUUCAAGCUCAUAAAAUACCACUAUGGAACACUCUUAUACGAGCAUUUGUGUUUGGAUUGGCCCAAAGUAUAUUGUUCUUUGCGAAUUCUGCAACCUUGUUCUAUGGUGGAAUACUUAUGGUUGAAAAUGAUCUUACCUUUGACACUAUUUUGAAAGUAGGACAGGCAUUGAUCAUGGGCACAAUGUUACUAGCCAUUGCCAUGGGCUUUGCUCCCAACUUCCAGAAAGGAAUGUCCGCAGCUUCUCGGAUCUUUCAUAUUCUGGACAGGAAACCUCAAAUCCAUGAUCCUCCACAAGUCAAUGAACGGAAGUGGACAGCAAAUGGUAAUGUGAAAUACCAGCAGGUAAAAUUCUUCUAUCCAACAAGGCCCAACAUCAUGGUUCUUCAAGGUUUAAAUGCUGAUGUGCUGGAGGGUCAAACUGUGGCCAUAGUUGGAAAAAGUGGUUGUGGAAAGUCAACUUGCAUACAGCUCCUGGAAAGAUUUUAUGAUCCUGACUCGGGCUGUGUGUAUAUUGAUGAGCAUGAUGUGUCAUCACUAACCACAUGUUCACUAAGGUUUCAACUUGGUAUUGUAUCACAAGAACCAGUGUUGUUUGAUAGAACAAUAGCUGAGAAUAUAGCAUAUGGAGACAACAGCCGAACAGUUCCGAUGUCAGAAAUUAUUGAAGCUGCCAAAAAAGCCAGUAUACACAGCUUCAUAACUACUUUGCCAUUGGGAUAUGAUACCCUUAUGGGUGAGAAAGGAAUGCAGCUGUCUGGAGGACAGAAACAAAGAAUUGCCAUUGCAAGAGCACUGAUCAGAAACCCUAGAAUACUGCUGCUUGAUGAAGCAACUUCAGCACUUGAUACUGAAAGUGAAAAGGUUGUUCAAGAAGCGCUGGACAAAGCGAAAGAGGGCUGCACUUGUAUCACAAUUACACAUCGCCUUUCAACCAUACAAAAUGCUGAUGUAAUAUUUGUGAUAAAUAAUGGCCAAGUUGCUGAAAUGGGUACCCACAGUGAACUGUUGGCCCAACAUGGAUUGUACUAUAAACUUUAUAGUAUGCACAAUGGACCACCAUGAAAGAGCUAUGCACAGUGGCAGAGGGUCAAGUUUUGAGCAGUGCCAAUUAAUUUUGAAGUGGUACUGGAAAUGGAAAAACUACAACCAUGCAUUUGAAAGCAGCCCUCCAACAUACUAACAAUCACAAGAAUUUGAGACAAUUUUGAGGUAUACAGUACUGUAAAAGACAUGGCUAAGCAACAAACUGGUAGACGGUGCACAACAAGUGAGGGCAUUUCUGCUGUGGUGUUACAGCAGUUCACAUGCUCACUGAAGAAAUCUGUAAGGUGUAAAUCUGCUAGUGAGACUGGAAUUUCUGGAUUCUAAAAACAAUUAAAUGGGAAUACUACAUGGCAGAGUUAAUGAAGACAGUCCUGACCACAGACUUGAGUAUCGUGAAUGGGUUCGGAGGAAGGUUGAAUGAGGAUGCACAAUUGCUGGACAUAACUGUUUGGGCUGAUGAAGCAAAGUGUACAGCACGAACACAUUAAGAACUCCCAUAGAAAGCUGAACGGUCAUGUGCAGCCAUCCCAGCACAAACUUAGUGGCCACUUGUUAGUCAGUUCCUGACUGCUGUGAAUAGUGUUAAAAAGCUAACAGUGGUCAUUUUGAACACCCAGGCUAGGUUCACUGAUGCACUAAUUUCUAAUGCUGACAUUUGUAAGGGGUUAGUUUUAAUAAAAUGUCUGUUUUAUUUAUGAAA